UUCCCAUUUCCCGCCAAGAACGCAAAAGUUGACACGACAAAGUUUGGUAAUUGAGGCAUAAAAAGUUUUCAGUUUCUGUGUUUCUGGAAUAUUGUUGACGACAUGAGACUCGGCUACCGGACAAACAUGAAUAGGCUACGUAGUUGCUUCGUCUUAACAGUUUCAGUUAUUCUCGCCUACACAUCAUAUGUAACAGAGGUUAAGGCUCUACCGACUGAAAGCUCAUCAAAUCCAUGGCCCAGUUUCCCUCGCAGAAAUGUAGCCGCCCUUGCCAGGGAUGGUUACCUGAAAAGCAUUUCUAAUGGUUACAAACGAAGUAUUUCAACAUUAGCCAAGAAUGGAAUGCUCCCUACUUAUAGAGCUCCUUACAGUGACUCUGACAAACCGGAGCAAGAAGAUGAAGAAACACAUGAAAAGAGAAAUUUAGCAUCUAUUGCUCGCCUUCGAAGUUAUUCCGCAAUGAAGAGGAACAUCCAAGCACUAGCUAGAGAUGGCUUCCGAUUUGGAAGAACUCAAUACGGUCAACCAAAUGAAAAACGUAACAUUGCUGCUCUGGCACGAAAUGGAUUGAUUCAUAAACGGGACGAAUUAGCGGGAGACGAAUAUUACUAUCCAUUUUACCAGAACUCUGUGCCACCGCUCUCUGAAAUGGAUGGGCCGCUUGACUUCAACGAAAUAUAUGAUUACCAACAAUCAAUCAAUCCAGAUGUCUAUCCACCCUUGCAACAAGUAUUCAAAAGAAGCGACGCCGCAUCAAUUGAUUAUAUGAACAAGUUUGAGAAUGAUGCUGAUGAUGCUAACUGGUACUUUAAAAGGGGAGUAGUUGGCAUGCCCGUGCAUGGACUUUAUCGACCGAUGUUUAUUGAUUCUAACAGCCCAAGGAACAAGCGAUCAAUUUAUUCGAUUCCCGAUGUUAUUGAUCGUAAUGACAUUACCCCUGAUACUGAGGAUUAUGAUUCUGGCAAUGAUGACAAGCGAUCUGUUGGAAGCAUUCCUAUGACGAGAAUUUCGGGUCUGGGGAAUAUCUCCUUGAUUCCGAAGCUAGCACACUCGUCGAUCCAAACGACGCCGACGUACCGCCGCCGCCAGUAUCUGCUCACUCGCACCCGACCGGCCGGUACCUCCACAGAACGUUAAACGACCUCCCGAACGAUAUCCCCAACUCAAUGUCUUCCGCCACGUCUAAUUCCAAAACUCAAAACGACCCUUUCACCAAAAACCGCUGGCAACACAACAAAGCAGCCCCGAAGUACUACUACUUUCGAUCCCUUAAAGUACCA